UCAGUAGUAGUCUAGUCUAUAACUGUCACUGUCACUGACGUUCGACCGACUUGCGAAUGGAAAACCAACAAAAAGCUAAAAUAACGAACAAAUAAGAGAAAUUUACUAUUAUCAUUCAUUAUUUUUAUUUGAUGUGGUUUAUUGGUAGAUUGGUAUCUAUAUAACGGCUAUCAAUUUAUAUUUCUGAUUUAUCGAAACAGGAAGAACAACUUUAAAUUUUCUGAUUGAUUUAAUCGUGCAUUAUAUUGCUCAUAUUUGCCGAAUUUAUAAUGUCUUCAUAUGUGGAUAUGAGUUUAGAAGAUAUAAUUAAAAAGAAGAGACAAAAUACGAGGGUAAAUAAAGGUAAAGUAAAAGGACAACCUCCACCCAAAAAGUUGCCUAUUACCGACGCAAGAAAUAAAAUAAUAUCAAAAAAACGAACACAAAUAACGGAUGCUAGAGAGAAGUUAGCACAGCUUGCUAAACAGAAAGAUGCCAGAUUAAAAUUAGAAAAGUUACGUCUUGAAAGGGCAAGAAUCACUGGACAGGGGCCUGUUAGGGCUGGACCAGGGCCCGUUAGAGCUGGACCGGGGCCUGUUAGGAAUGGACCUUUCCCAAACAGAACUAAAUUUACGAGGGCAAACCCACCAACUAAAGAAAGAGUAUUUACAGAUUCUUCAAGGCAGGUGGUUUCACAGCCAUUUGGUGUGUCUAAAAUUGGCAUCAAGCGUCAAAUUAAUUCUGGAAGAUUCAAUGAACGCCGUCCGGUGGAAAAGUCAAGAUUUUUCGAACAAAUUCCACAAAAACCCAAACCAAUACUUCGGACUGUUGAAAAUGAUUUGGAAAUAAUUGAUGAUCCUAUGGAAGAUGAAUAUAUACCCAAACCAACAUCAUUAAACCGCAAAGCAAGCUUGCAGCUCAAAAUUAUUACUCAUAAUAACGACAUUCGUGAUAGCAGGAUUGCUACUGUUCAUAGAAACACCAUUGUGGAAAAGGAAAAAAGUCCACCAAGGCCACCAUCUAUUUUGAAAAAGCGCCCUAUGGCAGCUAUGCGAAGUGACAAAGUUCAGAAACCAGAGAAGCCACAUUUGGAGUAUAGAAUUAUUGUGAGCAAUUUACGAAACACAGUUACAGGUGGAGAUAUUGAGGAAUUGUUUGGAGAUGUUGGUGGCAUGGUAGAGUCAAGACUGGUGCGACCUGGGACAGCUGAAGUGAUCUACAAAACUCAAGAAGAUGCUCAGAAAGCAGUUGAUUUGUACCACAAUAGACAGUUAGAUGGACAACCAAUGAAUUGUUUACUUGUCACACCAAGAUCACCUUCUACAGCACCCAGGAGCAGUAACAAGCCUGAACUAUAUAGCACAAAUUCAAAUGUGGAGCCUGAUAUUUCUACUUUCCACAAGGUAUUGUUCAGCAAUUUGUAAUUCACCUUUAUGAAUAUUGUUUGCUAGUGAGUCACUUGCAAUAUCAAACAGAAUUGUUAACUUUUGAAGUGUGUAUUUUUAUUAUAAUUAAAACAGUGUUUGUGAGCAAUUUAUCAUUUAUGUUAUCUGGUACCUUAGUUACUUUGUCCCCCAUUUGUAACUUUGUGAAUAAAAUGUUGAAGACAAGAAGAUCAAUCUUUGUAAGUGGAUAAUCUUAUCUACAAAUGACUAAGCCUCACACUAUAACUGCAGCCAGUUCUUACAACUACAAAAAGUGCUGGCAUUGUAGAUUAAUAAUAAUACAACUAUGCUAUUGUUUAUGACUGAUAAUGAGGACAUCAACAAAGAUUAUAAAGAAUCUUAUUCUUAGUCCUGGUAAGACUUAGACCUUAAUAGGUAUGAUUAGAAAAAAAUGUAUUUUCAACAUUUUUGUAAUGUUUAGUGGCUUCAGUUAUAUUGUAUGUUAUAAUGAAAUUAAAUAUGUUUAAGAGAAUAAUAUGUACCUCGAUCUUAUUCCGGCUAAGGCAGUCUAAAUACACUUAAUAAAGUUGUAGAAUUAGUUCAGUAUCACUUGGCAGACCUAGGUAGUUAGGUACUCCAUAUAUGUGUAUUUUCAUAUCAAUGCAGAAAAGCUUUUGCAUUUUGCAUUUUUUUUUUGUACAUUCUAAAAUUUGCUGAAUUGUUAUAAACAUAAGAAUUGCCUAGUUGUCUACCAUAUCUUAUAACAACAAUUUAUAUCUAAUCUCUUGUUUUCUAUCCUAUCUUUUAUUUUGGAAAAAACAUACAAGAUAUGUUAAAGAUUUUCAAAGAGAUAUUACUGAAAUUAUAAGUUGUGUAUUUAGUUAAGAAAUAAUUCAUACAAAUCUUAAUAUCUAUUUAAAAUCCGGAAAAAGAAAUGGUACGGUCCUGCCGCUUUUUUGUACGACUUGGCGGCACUGCCGUGCCCCCAGAUAACAAUUGAGAUUUCAAAUGCAAUAAUAAUACUACUUUAAUAAAAAAGCAUACAAUUUUGAAAUUUUGUAAAACUUUUUCACUUAUUAAAUACUUUGUUUUUGUUAUAUGAAUAUAAUAUUUUUUAUGUUGUCAACUUAAGUUAGACUUAAUAACUUUUUAAAGUUGUAAAUACGUUUGUCCCGUAUGUUCUACGUCCUUUUUUUAGUUUGCGGUGCUUAGAAUUUGAUUGUGUAUAAAUGUUAAGUACCUAUGUACAGAAACAAUUAUUAAACACAUUUUCAUACUUAUGUUUAUAAUUAAAAACAAGUUAAAGUACAUGGCGUAGUGCUACUUUCGGCACGUGUGAUUUCAUGGAGAGUCAUAAAAUUAAUUUGAAUGUGCAUGAUAAAUGUUCAAUCAUUCAUAAAAUCACACAGUGUGCGUUUUGAAUUUAUGAAUCUUGUGUCAAUGCUCAAACUUGAUUUAAUACGAAUAUCAUUGCUUGAACGUAAAUCAUUGUAGCAUUCUUACAUUAGAAUUAUAAACUAGAUACUUUAAAUUUAAUAAUUUGAUGUCGAUUUGUUAAGUAAAAUUAACAUAAGUACCUACAUAAAACUAGUUUUUCCCCC